UAUUCCAAAUUAUUCACAAUAAAGACUCAGCUUUUGUGUAUUAUCAUUCUUGUUAUUAAAAACAAUCAGACAGAGAUUAGCAAUAUCUAUGGCGAUGGGGGAAGAAGUGGAAUUGUUUGGUGGAUGGAUGAGUCCAUUUAGCCGGAGAGUGGAGUUGGGUUUGAAACUCAAAGGCAUUGAUUAUAAAUAUCAUGAAGAAGAUUUGAAGAACAAAAGUGAUUUCCUUUUGACUUACAACCCAAUUUACAAGAAAGUCCCUGUUUUUCUUCACAACGGAAACCCCAUCUCAGAGUCACUUAUAAUUCUUGAGUACAUCGAUCAAGUUUGGAACUCACUUUAUCCUUUCUUUCCUCAACAAAAUCCCUACGAAACAGCUCAAGCAAGAUUCUGGGCUAAUUAUAUAGAUGACAAGGUUUUGGCUGCUACACUGAAGGCUGCAAAAAGCAGCAAAAGAGAAGAGAGAGAGAAGGGUUUGGAAGAAACAGAGGAGACAUUAAAACCACUUGAGAAAGAGCUUCAAAACAAGAAGUUCUUUGGAGGAAAUAAAAUUGGAAUUGUGGACAUUGUUGGAACUGUAAUUGCAUAUUGGAUCCCAGCCAUUGAAGAAGCUUUUGGAUUUGAGCUGUUAACAACAAAAAAGUUUCCAAAGUUAACCAAAUGGAGUGAAGAGAUUGUAAACAACAGUGUGGUCAAACAGGUUUUGCCUCCAAAAUCUAAACUUGUGGCCUACUUCGAGUUGCAAGUUGUUUCAAUAACCAACUAGACAAUUUGUUGCUUUCUUUUGUAUCUUCAAUAGACCACCUGCGUUAUGUAACAAAAUAAAUCUCUAACCUUUUGGUAAGGUCGAGAAUGUACUCUAAUAUUACCUAUAUAUUUUGCUCCUUCCCAGCCAUCAUUUUCUUGAUGGCUAUUUUCAAAUACAUAGAAUAAAUCAAAAUAUUUACAAUUAGUGUUUA